ACCUAAGAUGAAAUGAUUUCUAAGUGGGAGAACUUGCAAAAUUGCAGGGUGUUGAAAUACUUAUUUUCCUCACUGUAUGUCUGUUAGUGGAAUAAUGACUAUAAACCAUGAGGUCCACCCUCAUUCAUGGCUCCACUUAGUCAGAUAUUGUGUUGUUUUUAUUAUUACAAGUACACAUGCCGGCUUCAUGUGUCACAUUUUUGUCCUUUCGGCGGCAUACAAACACACAGGGGUCAGCUGGAUUACAACUUGUGUUGUAAGAUGUCUAAUGAUUAACUAUCACAUAGUCAGAGUAAUCUAUAUAAGGACCAGCAUAGUCAAUAAAGGGCUUCUUCCAUGCUACUUUUACUUGUAAACAUGGUGUAACACAAUAGUGGCCACCAGGACCCUGCAACGAGCAAAAGCCUUCACAAGAAACUUGAUAAAAUGCCUUUAUUAUAUGUUGUAUAUUCAAAGAUGCCAACAUGGCCCAAAAAAGGAGGUUCAUUGGUCCUCACUAGCAUCUAUCAGAAUGCUAAAUUUCAGAGCAAAAUAUGCAGCUGUUUUUAAAUCCUCAAUGUACAACUGGAGUUGCAUCAGGAAUAGCAUCCAGCAUAAAACUUGUGCCAUAUUCCAAUAUGGAUCUCUACCAGAUCUGCUUUGGAGACCCCUCCCAGCUGGGAGCAUCCGAAAAGAAAAAAAAAAAAAAAGACAAACAAACAAAAAAACUGUAGUUUUUAUGCUGUUACUUCCAGAAAAUUAAUUCAUGCCCAACUGACACUCUUAAAUGUCCCGAUAAUUUCAGAGAAUACCUACUUUUAUGUCAGCCAGAUUUCAACAAAAGCCUGAGGUUCUAGAUAACGUGAUGAAGGGGAAGCAGAUCCAGAUACAGUUUUUAGUUUUGAAUCUCUUUUGUUCUGUGUGUCUUUGAUUGUGGAGUCCAGCUCUCAGUAUGACAGUACAAAAUGGGGAGAGAGCAAAAGGGUGAGAGAAGAAAGACUGAAAGAAUGUCCCCCUUUCAAACGUGCCACUGGCUUACAAAUGCAACUUUUAAAUGCUUUGUUUUCACAUUACCCUCCCACUGAAUUCAACCCAGCAACCUGCGUUCCUGUCUGACAUUUUUAGAUAUUCAGUCAGUUCAAAGAGAGUGAAGACUUGCAGGGAAGCAGAGUACAAAGCGAUUACUUCCCCCUCCAUUUCCAAAGUAUUUCAAAGUAUUCCUUUUUGGCUGAGUUAUCCCACUCACAAAUGAACAGAUGAAUACAGUACUUGUGCAAAGUACUGCCCCUUCACAUGCAAUCGUCUGCCCAGCGUGUUGAACUUUAGACAUAUAACACUGAACAGUUUUUUUUUUUCUCUUUGAGCUCUUCGGGAUCAGUGUGUGUGUGUGUGUGUGUGUGUGUGUGUGUGCUUCCAGCCAUCAGACAGCUGACUGAGGACUUCCAGAAGACAACUCUUCAGUGCCUUUAAAAAAGAAGUCUCAAGAUCAAAUCUUCUUUCUAGAAAGCAAGAACAUUUUGGAAAUGGGAAUAUCUUCUGACUGUAUUUGAAGGUUGCACGAUUUGCUUUUUGUUUAAAAUUUUAUGGCUCAAAGUCUCUCAGAAUCACAUCCCGUGGCCGUAUCCGGGGAGGAGCCUUUGAUCCAGCAGUCAAGUAGAGCUGGAGAGAUGUGCUGGUGUCACUUACGGGGGUGCUGAAGUCAUCGGUGUGGACAAUGGCAACAGCAGCUCUGGAGGAAUACUGUGGCUCCAUUUUCUGGAAUGCUUCAUACCUGGAAAGCGAACAGCCGGACCUCCCAGUAUGCGUGGAGCAGACGGUGCUGGUCUGGAUUCCUCUGGCGUACCUGUGGCUCUCUGCACCACAUCAUCUAGUGGCUUUCUGCAGGAAAAGAGUGAAAACAAAGCACCUGUCCAAGCUGUACAUGUGCAAACAGAUGGUGGUGUGUUUUUUGUUCCUGACGGCCAUAGCAGGCCUGGCAGUCACGUUGGCACAGGAUUAUGGUCCAAACAACAGUCCACCUUCGGCAGAGAAGAGCCCUUGUGUAUAUUAUGUAAACCCAGUCCUUUAUGCCGUCUCGUGGAUCAUUAUAUUGCUGUGCCAGGAAUGCGUAAGGCGCAGGGAAAGAGCAUUUGAUUCUGGCACACUGUUCCUCUUCUGGCUGUUCCUUGUAGUGUGCAACAUCUUUCCUUUCCAGACUCUGUUGCGUGAGGCAAUCGAGCAGGGAGAGAUCCGUGAUCUGCCUCGUUUCUGUCUGUUCUAUGUCUCAUUUGGGCUUGAAGUGAUUGCACUUGUCCUCUCUGCCCUGGCCGAUAUCCCUCCAGAAUCAAAGCACCUUGAAAAGAAGAAUCCUGAGGUAGUCGCAGCAUUUUUGAGUAGAAUCACUUUCAACUGGUUGAGUAGUAUGGUGUUUAAAGGCUACAAACAGCCUUUAGUUCAGGAGGACAUGUGGGAGCUGAAAGAGACAGACAGCACCAUUUACCUCAACCAGCGCUUCCAGUCCUACAUGCAGGUAGAGCUGUCUGCUGCUCGGGUUCGAUUCAACAAGAAAGUCUGGAAGAAAUUGAGCAAAAGUAGGGAUAAAGCCCAGAACGAGACCUUUCAAAAUGGGCUUCCUAAGAGUUUGGGGAAAGGGAUAAGUCAGGAUGUGCUGAUGAUGGAGGAAAAAGGAGAGAAAGAAGAUGAGGAAAAAGAAAAUAACAAAAAGGAAGACCAGGAACACUAUCCAAAUUCAUGGCUGAUUCCAACCAUAUUCAAAACAUUCAAAUGGGUUCUCAUUGAAUCUGCCUUCUUCAAGCUUCUACAGGACCUGCUGUCUUUUGUCAGUCCUCAACUCUUAAAAUUGAUGAUCUCCUUCACUCAUGACAAGUCCAGUUAUGCAUGGAAAGGGUACCUGUAUGCGGUGCUGCUGAUGGUCGUAGCUAUUCUGCAGUCUCUCUUCUUGCAGCAGUAUUUCCAGCGUUGCUUUGUGCUAGGGAUGAAGGUCCGUACCGCUAUCAUGGCUGCUGUGUAUAAAAAGUCAUUGGUGGUGACAAAUGACUCUCGUAAAGAGUCAACAGUUGGGGAAACGGUAAACCUGAUGUCAGCGGAUGCUCAACGUUUCAACGAGGUGACCAAUUUCAUCCACCUGUUGUGGUCCUCUCCCUUGCAAAUAGUGCUGUCCAUUGUUUUCCUGUGGUUCGAGUUAGGGCCCUCUGUGCUAGCAGGACUGACAGUUAUGGUGUUAAUGGUGCCAAUCAACGGACUGCUUGUCACCAAGGCCAGAAAAUUCCAGGUUGAGAACAUGGCGUUCAAAGACAAGAGACUGAAAGUCAUGAAUGAAAUACUCAAUGGGAUCAAGAUUCUGAAGCUGUAUGCAUGGGAGCCCUCCUUCCAGGCACAGGUGGAAGAUAUUAGGGAGGAAGAACUGAAGGUCAUGAAGAAGUUUGCUUACCUCAACUCUGUGUCCGUCUUCAUCUUCAGUUGUGCCCCGGCUCUGGUGUCUUUGGCGAGCUUUGCUGUGUUUGUCCUGGUGAGCUCAGACAAUGUGUUGACUGCUGAGAAAGCGUUUACUUCCAUCUCUUUCAACAUCCUUCGUUUUCCCCUGGCCAUGCUGCCCCAGCUCAUUGCUGGCAUGGUGCAAACGUCUGUGUCCAAGAAAAGACUUGAGAGAUAUCUGUCUAGAGAUGACCUUGACAGUGACAUAGUGCACCAUGACCACAGUUUUGACACCGCUGUUAGUGUUCGUGAUGCUUCCUUUGCCUGGGAAAAGGAUGCUGAGCCACUUUUAAAGAAUGUGUCGUUGGACAUUAAGCCAGGUGGGUUAGUUGCAGUAGUCGGAGCAGUGGGUUCUGGGAAAUCCUCUCUCAUAUCAGCCCUCCUGGGAGAGAUGCAUAGUACCAAAGGCUUUACCAACAUUCAGGGUACAGUUGCUUUUGUUCCUCAACAAGCCUGGAUCCAGAAUGCCACUUUGAAGGACAACAUUCUAUUUGGUUCUCCCCAUGAAGACCACAGGUUCAAGGAGGUAAUACAAGCCUGCGCUCUGGCCCCCGACCUGGAGUUGUUGCCGGGAGGAGCCCUCACUGAGAUCGGAGAGAAGGGUAUUAACCUAUCGGGUGGUCAGAAGCAACGUGUGAGUUUGGCUCGAGCAGCUUACAGCCAGGCUGAUGUUUAUCUGUUGGAUGACCCCUUGUCUGCUGUGGAUUCCCAUGUAGGAAAGCAUCUCUUUGAAAAAGUGAUUGGACCCAAAGGACUUCUCAAAGACAAAACCCGUAUUCUGGUGACCCAUGGAGUGAGUUUCCUGCCAUUUGUAGAUGAAAUUGUGGUCUUGGUGGGCGGGGUGGUAUCCGAGGUGGGAUCCUACAACAGCCUCCGUGCCAGUGGAGGAGCAUUUUCUGAGUUUUUGGACACAUAUGCCAAAGAACACAGUAACAGAGCUAGGAAAGAAACAGAAAAAAGUGAAGAUUUUGCAGAUGUAGAUUUCCUCCCUGAGAGAGAGGACACCCAACCUGACUCACCACUGGAGGACGUGAUUUCUUUCACACUGAAAAGAGAAAACAGCAUUAUUCGCAGCCAGCAGACCAACAGUGUCAGACUAAGAGCAAAUAGCUCUAUCAGAAAACAAGAAGAUGCUGACAAAGCAAAGAAAGGCCAGAGGCUGAUAGAGAAAGAAGCAAUGGAAAUGGGACAGGUGAAAUUCUCGGUAUUCCUCCAGUACAUGCGUGCUAUGGGAUGGGGAUAUACCAUCAUAUUCUUCAUGGUUUACUUCAUCCAGAAUGUUGCUUUCAUUGGCCAGAACAUCUGGCUCAGUGACUGGACCAGUGAUUCAGCUGAAGAUAACAGCACCUGGAAAAGGGACUUGAGAGUGGGAGUGUUUGGUGCUCUGGGUCUGGCACAGGGCAUCUUUGUGUUCCUUGGAACGUUGGUCCUGGCCAAUGCUUCUGUCUCUGCAUCACGAAUCCUGCACUCCAGGCUGCUUAACAACAUACUGCGAGUUCCCAUGGUAUUCUUCGACACCACACCCACUGGACGCGUGGUCAACCGCUUUGCAAAGGACAUAUUCGCAGUGGAUGAAGCCAUUCCUCUGUCUGUCCGCUCCUGGAUCCUGUGUCUGCUGGGGGUGUUGGGGACACUGUUUGUCAUCUGCCUCACCACUCCUUUUUUCAUCAUCGUCAUCAUUCCUCUGUCAGUGAUCUACUACUUUGUGCAGCGUUUCUACGUUGCUACUUCAAGACAGCUGCGUCGUCUAGACUCAGUGUCUCGAUCUCCUAUAUACUCCCACUUUGGUGAGACGGUGUCAGGUCUGUCGGUGAUAAGAGCCUAUGGUCACCAAGACAGGUUCCUAAAACACAACGAAAGGACUAUUGAUGAGAAUAUCAAGAGCGUCUACCCCUGGAUCGUCUCCAACAGAUGGCUGGCAAUCCGUCUGGAGUUUGUGGGAAAUCUGGUAGUGUUCUUUGCUGCCCUGUUUGCUGUCAUUUCCAGAGAUUCCCUGGGUAGCGGACUUGUUGGCUUGUCAAUAUCGUACUCCCUAAACGUAACACAGACACUAAACUGGCUGGUGAGGAUGACCUCAGAGUUGGAGACUAAUAUCGUAGCGGUGGAGAGAAUCAGUGAAUACACUGAGAUUGCGAAUGAGGCUAAGUGGGUCACUGACAAUCGGCCUUCAGAAGAAUGGCCUGAUUCAGGAAGACUACAGUUUGACAACUACAAGGUCCGUUACCGACCUGAAUUAGACCUUGUGCUGCAUGGAAUCACCUGUGACAUUAGCAGCAAGGAAAAGAUUGGCAUUGUGGGACGCACAGGAGCUGGGAAGUCAAGCCUGACCAACUCCCUGUUUAGAAUCAUUGAAGCUGCUGAAGGACGUAUCAUCAUCGACGGCAUAGAUAUUUCUGCAAUAGGCCUCCAUGACCUGAGAAAUAGACUCACAAUCAUACCACAGGAUUCAAUACUGUUCUCUGGGACUUUGAGGAUGAACCUCGAUCCAUUUGAUAAAUUCAGUGAAGGGGACAUCUGGAGAGUACUGGAGCUGUCCCAUUUGAAGGACUAUGUAGCAGGAUUGCCAGGAGGACUACAGCAUGAAGUCGCAGAAGGAGGAGAAAACCUCAGUGUUGGUCAGAGGCAGCUCCUGUGUCUGGCCCGAGCGCUGCUGAGAAAGUCCUGUAUCUUAAUCCUUGAUGAGGCCACAGCAGCCGUCGACUUGGAGACUGAUGACCUCAUUCAAAACACCAUCCGUAAAGAGUUUGCCCACUGCACUGUGCUCACCAUCGCCCAUCGCCUGCACAGCAUCAUGGACAACAACAGGGUGAUGGUGUUGGAUGCUGGUAAAAUAGUGGAAUUUGAUUCUCCGAGCAACCUAUUUAAAAAACAAGGCCAGUUUUAUUCCAUGGCAAAGGACGCUGGGAUAACGCCAGAAGUUGUGACAGCUAUUUGAUUUUGUUUUCCCCCAAAGAAUUAUAUUUCUAUAAAUUGUAUAUGUGGUUUGAUUUUAUUUUGUUUUUUAAAUUGGAUUAUACUUUGUGUAUUAUUUAAAAAUGAUCAGAAAAGACUGUUAUGUAUGUACAUCAUUUUAUAUGCAAAUUUAAGUAUUCCUUUCCAAAUAGCUUUUUAAUAAACAUAUAUGCUAUCAGCUGUACAUUUAAAAUCUGCCAACA